CAACAACAACAACAGCAAGACGAUGAGAAAUCUUUAUUAAACUUUAUUAGACUUUAAUAAAAAGGAAAACAUGGUCUUAUCAACAUCUGAAGCGCAAGGAUGCAAAGAAAUUUUAAAGAGUUACGAUUUGUCCGAACUGAUGUCACUUGUCGAAACAGUGACCAAAAAGAAAGUGAAAGUCUUAGUCACAAGCUAGUUGCAAUAAUCCAACUCCCAGCUAUUGACCCUCCGGGAGUUUAGAGCAUUCAAGAUAAACUAUUAAAACAGAGUAAAAUGUUUAUGUGCUGUGAUGUCUUUUAAUUGUUUUAUUAAUAAUAGAUGCAGGCCGUCAACUGAUUCCUAUUUUCCUAUAUUUUGGAAAAUUUUCCCAUAUUUUUCAAAACCUAUAUUUCCUAUAUUUUUUACCUUUUCCUCCAUUUUCCUAUAUUUUUGAUCCCCUUUUCCUAUAUUUUGUUUGAAAAAUGUCCUCUCUUUUUUAAAAUACUUAUAAGAAUUUAUUCUGCCUUUAGAUAUUUUAAUUUGCAGUGUAAAAAAGCUGUCCCUCCUCUUCCAAAGCAUCACCAUCUUACAGGAGUGCUGUUGUACACCAUUGUGAUAUCUAUAUGGACACCUUAGAUGAAGAAAAAUACAACCAUUUCAAAGUUGGCGCAAACAGACCAACAGACAGACCAACAGAGAGGGCAAAAACAAUAUAGUGGGGGACAUAAAAAUCUUAUAUUCUGUGUCCACAUUGAUGACCACAGUGUGUUGCUGCUUCAGCAUAUCUGCUUUGGUGGGAAGAUGAGGGACUGUUUUGUUAAGUAAAACAUUAAUUUAAUGAUUAUUGACGGAAAACAAGUAAGUAAGAAGUUCUCUACAUAUCUCUAGAACAUUACUUUUUACCAUAAAAUUACUAUAUUUUAACCCUAUAUAAACCCAAACCUCCUAUAUUUUGAUGUAAAAAUUCCUAUAUUUUUUCCUAUAUUUUCACCUUAAGUCACUUGACGGCCUUUGGAUGGAAAUGUGUAAUAUUAUAAAUUAUAAUUCAUUGAUAUAAAUAGAAAUUUGUAUGUAUAAAUUAUUUUGUUAAUCUUUAAAUAAAGUUCUAAACACAUAACAUCAUACAUCAAGAUGUCUUUUAUCUUAAGAAUUUUGUUAUUUAUUUUAAGAAGCAAUCAAUGCAGUAAUUAUGUGCAGUGAAAGUGCAGUGAAAUUGUUGAAGAGAAAAAAGAUUAGAAGGGACACCCUUUUGCAGUAUCUCAUGGACAAAAAGGUGGCAGUUGCAGCAAACACUGACAAAUCUGGAUUAAUCCAAGUUAUUUUACAGCAAUGGGGCUCACAUAUUAAGGAACAAGAUGUGGCAGUAGCAGCAACCACUGACAAUUCUGAGUUAAUCCAAGAUAUUUUACAGCAAUUUGACUCACAUAUUAAUGGACAAGAUAAAUUGGAAAUAAAAGAUGAGGAGGAUACCUCAUCAAGUAGCCCAGCAAGUUCGGCAUCUGGUUACUCCUCACAAACAAGUGCAUCAACCACUUAUCAAAAUGAUAGACAUGGCAGCUUUGAAAACAGGAGAGAGCAGGAUGGAUAUAAACAAAAAUUGCCAGAACUUCGAGAUCAACCACUUCAACAGGGUCUUUUUUACAGUUCAUGGAACAAUACAGAGCUUUACAAUCUAGGGCAAUCCUUCUGUAAAUGGUUUUAUGAGAAUGUGAAUUCAUUUAAUCCAGCUUUGGGACAAACGCCUGCAGACUUUGGACCCCACCAUUUCUUGAGUGAUGCUUUCUUGGUAAUUAUUUCACAUACAACUGGGAUCAGAGGAGAACGAUUUGAAGGGGCUAUAUUAACUGCGCAAAGGUUUGUGGCUUUUGCAAAAGAUGAAUUGCUGUUGUUUAAUCCAAAUAUUAGCUCUGAAGGAGUGUUCGUGAAAUCAGAUCCGUGUGGAGUGGUCGUGAUAUUGGUGUGUGGAACGAUUCACAGAGACCAUUCCUGUCUGGGAAUAUUUCAGCAAUUGUUUACACUAAUCAAACAUCCUUGGUUUGAGAAAUGGAAAAUAAAGGAGAUCAAAUUAAAUGUGAAGACCUCUUCAGUAGCAUGUAUGCCUAAGCUGGAUACCAACCCAGAGAAGCAAAUUGAGCUGUUAGCUGUAUUAGAGUUGUAGAGAUUCGUCUUAACAAAUUACUGAAAUCCUUAAUUGCUGGUUCUUUGGAUUGUGGAUCAGAUGAAUUUCGACAAAUUGCAAGCAGGUAUGUGUGUUAAUACACAUACCUGUUGCAAGCUAGUGUUUGUACUGGUAAUAUUUUGUGUAUUGAUAACAACAUGCCAUCUACUUUACAUGUUUGUGUACAAUGGAAACACUCUUAACCGGAUCCUUUCUAUACCAGAACGUUCUCUAAACCGGACAAAUUGUCCGGUCCCAUUUUUUUCGCUAUAAAAUCAUGCGUAAAAUAUCUCGUAACAGGGUUCCCAACCAACCUGGAAAUCAGGGAAAACCUGGAAUUAGACUUUCACUUUGUCCAGUCAGGGAAAAGUCAGGGAAUUUGGGAAAAGUUCCUGAAAUCAGUGAAAAAUCAGGGAAUUUUGUUUGGCCAGACUUUCCCGACUUGUGUCGAAAAGUCCAUACAAUUGAAACAGCAAAUCGAUUUAUCUGCACGGCUAUGGUGGCUUUGUAGUAUACAUGUAGCUUAGUGUACUAUUAGUAAAUACCUACUUAUUUCUCUCUUUCUCUCUGUUUAUAUAGGAGCUGUGAUGCACCUACACACACACACACACACACACACACAC